AUGUUGACACCGCCGGACGAAGAGAAGCCCCAGAAGCGGGUGAGGUUCCGCGUGGCUUCGGGGAACAGUGGUCGGGUGCUGAAGGAGAUUUUUAAAGAUAGGGGGCCAUCUGACUCGUUGGAUUCAGAUUGUACCAGUAGUUCAGAUGUGGACCGGGCCAGUACGCCUUCCACAAGUGGAGAUGCUAACGGACAUGGUUUUCUACAUGGGUUUCUGGGCUCCGAGUUGGAUGAUAGCAAGAGCGAGCGGGAUGAUUUGCUCAUGUAUGCUGGGGCCUCAAAGGACAGAGCACCGAUUAGCCACAAGCAUGUCAACAUCCUCAGCAAAAAUGGGACUGUAAGGGGGGUCAAGCACAAAGUCAGUGCAGGUCAGGUCUUAUUUGAAAACCUCCCUAAUGCAUUAGUCCAGCCCGAGUUGACACUAGAAUUUGGGCGGGUAGUGAUCUACACCACCAGCUUUCGAGUAGUAAGGACCACGUUUGAGCGGUGUGAGUUGGUCCGGAAGAUCUUUUCAAACCACAGGGUCAAGUUUCUGGAAAAGAACAUAGCCCUGGACUGUGAGUAUGGGAAGGACCUGGAGGAACGAUGCAAGCGUGUGGGCGAACCUCCCUCUCUACCAGUCGUGUUCAUCGAGGGACACUAUCUCGGGGGUGCUGAGAAAAUAUUGGACAUGAAUGAAUCAGGAGAACUUCAGGAUCGUCUGGCCAAAAUUGAGAGGGUACAGCACCCCCACACCUGCCAGACCUGUGGGGGCUUUGCCUUCGUCCCGUGCCCCAUGUGCCAUGGUAGCAAGUUGUCAGUUUUCCGCAACUGCUUCACAGAGUCGUUCAAAGCCCUGAAGUGCACCUGGUGCAACGAGAAUGGCCUGCAGCCCUGUUCCAGCUGCAGCCAAUGAUGACUAAGUGCCUGAUCGAA